AUGCUUCUCCUCCUUCUCCUCUUCCUUCUUCUCCCAUCCGCUUCUUCGUUCCUUUUCCCUUCUUCCGGUGGCUCCAACUGUGGUUGCUCAUGCACUCCACCGCCUUCCACGUGUCCCACUCCGACUCCAUGCGCUCCCAUCAUGACGUGUCAACCGGUGGCCGCAGCAGCUCCUGUCUCAACGUGCUGUAACUCUUGUAACACUUGCAAAACGAGAAGAAAGCGGAGACAUACGGAGGUAUUGAGCAAUGCCACUUAUGUGGCCGAUCAUGGUAAUUGUUCGGGAAGAGCUGAAAACGAAGCCAAUUCUUAUUAUUCAGAGAGCUUGAGACGAGUGAAAAGAGAAGAUGAUCCGGCUGGCUCACCGAGCAAUUGUAAUUCAGAAGAACUACGCAAAAUCAUUGAGACUGUAUGUGAGCACUUAACUAUAAUACACACUUAUGUGCAUUUUCAGAAGAUAGACCGAGUGACGGCAAUCGCGAAACGACGCAUCCAAGAGGAGGCGGAAUCCACGUUGGGCGGCCGAUUCAACGUCAUUUGUGCACGCGGCGACUUCUCCUACGUGGCAAACACGGAGUUGUUCUGUCAGCAUUCGGUCGGAGACGUCACUUGUUUCCUUUUCAAGCAACUGUCAGAUGUCGUUCGGAGACGAUUGAUGUGA